UUUGUGAAAAGGUUUGCCGCUCAAUAUCCCAAUAGAUAAUCAGAUAAAACUCUGAAAACAUUUCCAACAUUAUUAUUAAAUUUCUCCUACUAGUUUUCUAAGCGACAACGUAUAACGAUGUGAAACAAUGAAACUUUUGAAAAGAAAACGCAAAGAAUUUUCCAUAAUGACGAUCGAAAUGAGGACUCAAGGAAACGACAAUGAAAAUGUAAUAGUUUCGAAUAAAAAUAAUCUUCACGAUAACAUGAAAUUUGUAAUACGAAUGGCCCAAAUCUUUGGGGUGAUGCCGUUGCAUAAUCUACGUAAAAACUGGGAUGAGGUUUAUUUUAAAUGGACUAGUAUCGGUGUGGUGGUUUCUAUGUUGAACGCUUUCGGUGCCUUUAUUAGCACGAUAUUCUGGUUGAUUAAAUUUUGUGUAGACGGAGUUAUUGUAGACAAAACAGCUCAUAUGGUUUUUUACAUAUGUACGUGUUUAUCUACACUACACUUUAUAAAUUUGGCUCGAUAUUGGCCAGACAUAUUAAAAGAUUGGUCGUAUGUAGAAAUUGCUAUGAAAGGAUAUGGAAAUGAAGUAAAUUUAAAGAGAAAAUUUUUAUGGAUUUCCUCUAUCUCUGUCAUAUUCGGAACAGCCGAGCAUAUUUUGUUUAUCGCCAACGGAAUUUAUCAAUCUGAAGUGUGUAACAGUUAUAAUAUAAGUCGUAUUAGAGCCGCAAUGGAGGUUAUGUUUAGCAAUUAUUACACCUUCAUCACAUUCAAUGCUUGGACAGGAAUUGCAAUUAAGAUGAGCAAUAUUCUGGCAACCUUUACAUGGAUAUACACGGAUUUAUUUAUAAGCCUCCUCAGUCUUGCAAUGACUGCAAAAUUUAAACAACUUGUUGCACGAUUAAGAUCAAAUAGGGUUAUGCAGCAAAAAUUCUGGAGAGAAAUUAGGGAAGACUACCAAAGGUUGUAUUUGCUCUGCAAAAAAAUUGAUAAUCACCUAUCGUUUCUAGUAUUGGUGUCAUAUAUGCAUAAUAUAUUCUUCUUGUGUAUCCAGCUCUACAAUAGUUUGAGACAAAGAAAAGGUUUGGUUGAAGCAACGUACUUUGUCGGUUCUUUUUCAUUUCUAGUGGUAAGAAUAAUAGGCGUAUCAAUGUACGGAGCGUUACUACAUGAUGAAGCCAGAAAACCUAUGGAGUAUUUGCAUAAUGUACCUACAGAUUAUUAUUGUACAGAGAUAAGCAGAUUAAUCGAUCAAAUCUAUACCAGUCCCAUAGGAAUUACGGGAGCUGGAUUCUUUAUAGUAACCAGGAAUUUUAUGCUACAGAUGGCUGGUACGAUUGUAACAUUCGAGUUAAUGCUGUUCCAAUUUGCUCCAAUGGAUUCCAAAUACCGGAUAUAUAACAGAACUGAAGUCUGUAUAAAUGAAUAAAAAC